AUGGACAUUGUACAAGAGAAAUUGCAGGUUCUACGAACCAAGCUGGACAAGUAUCCAGUGUUGCAGCAAGCCGAGUCAACGACUAGUGUUCCCAAGGAGUUUCUCGUCCUCGGGGGCGGGUUGCUGUUUGCGGUCUUGACUGUUUUCGGAAUCGGCAUUGCGUCUCUCACUAGCCUCGUCGGCUUUGUCUAUCCCGCUUUCAAGAGCUUUCAAGCGAUUGAAACAAAAUCAAAGGGGGACGACACGCAGUGGCUGGUGUACUGGGUCAUUUUUGCUUUUUUCAGUAUCAUCGAAGUGUUCGUGGACGUCCUUUUGUACUGGAUCCCGUUCUACUUUGCAUUUAAACUCGCCUUUCUGCUUUGGGCCAUGUUGCCUCAAACCAAGGGUGCCAAGUUCUUGUACGAGAGUUUCCUCAAGGAUCUUUUGAAAAAGAACGAAUCCAAAAUUGACCAAGCUUUGGCGAACGCAAAGAAGAACUCGGGCUCGUUCGCCUCGGAAUUUUCGAACGCAGCUUCGGACAUUGCCACUUCCGCCGCCUCGGCCGUUUCGUCGACCCAAGAAAACAAGAAGGUCACGUAGUCUACCUUGGCCUCUUUGGGGUUGCCCUGCCGCAGUGUGCAGAGGUGCGAAGGCUGUUUGAUUCGUAACGCACCCUAUGCAUGCCUUAAAUAUCGUCUAUGGUUUGUCUGAAAA